AUGUCGGGUUUGCAAGAGAAUAAGCCUUUACCAAAUUUUGGAAGAUCAAGGGGACUACAUUCAUAUGUAGAAAAUUGGCAAUCAUUGAUUGAAGCAACUCAUUUGGUUAAUCAUGUUCAAGGAAUCGGAAAAUCGUUUUGGCAGGUGGAUGGAUCACUUGGUGGAAUGGUUAUUUUAUGUUAUGCUAUAAAAUAUCCAGAGACAUUUGAUUCGUUUGUGGUGAUGGCUCCUUUAAUUUAUAUAGAUGAUAAAGGCAGUCCUAGUAAACUAAUUGAAAAUAUAGCAAAAAUUCUUGUUAAAACAUCUUUUGAACAUCUAUCAUUUGCCAAAGCCUACCGUGGUAAAAGUAGUAAUGGUCCAUUACAUGAAUUU